GGCUGGGUAGGGCUUCUCCCCCCUCCCCCCGGGUGCCAGGCAGCCAUCUGGGGCAGGGAGGUCAUCCAGGAGGGUCAGAGCCCCAGUCUGGGGGUGCCCAUCUCUCCCCUCUCCCCAGUAGUUCUGAAAAAGGCGGCCAAGCCCCCUGGCAAGCAGGGAGAACCAGCCCCGCGGAGCCGAGCAGAGGCCCCUCAUCCCGAGAGGCGACCUGAGGGGGACCGACGACGACAGCUCCGGGGCUCCCCACCACCCAUCAGGACAUCAGCCAGGCCCCAGGAGAGAGAGCGACGGACAGACAGACACCAGGAGAGGAGCUGGGGCAGCCCGGAGGAGCACCCGAGCUGCGGGGACUGGCCAGGACUGGAGGAGCCCAGCCUGGAGGGGACACGGAGGAGCCCCUCCAGGGAGCACGGGGAAAGCUGGGGGCAGCCAGAGGCCUGGGGGGAACCCCCCGAGAAGGGCCCGGGAAGUCCUUGCCAGCCCGUGAACCCCCCAGAGCACUGGGAAGGCCUGGCGGCAUGCUCGCCCUCCCGGCAGCCUGAGAUCCCCAUUAUCAUGGGCUGGGGGUUGGAGCGGGGAGGCCCACCCCCACAGGGCCCCGAGAGGCCACCCGAGCUCGACUGGAGGGACUUGCUGGGCCUCCUCCAGCCGCCCGGGGAGGGGGCCUGGGCCCGACUCCCAAGGCUGGACUGGGAAGGCCUCCUGGAGCUCCUGCAGGCCCAGCUGCCUCGCAAGAACUCUGCCGGGCCCUGGGGUUACGCAGCCAAGGCUUCAGGGCCAGAUCUGGGCCCCCCAGGCACAAAGGACACCCAGGAGCAAGAGCACCAGCACCUUCCUGAAGGCUGGACAGACGCCAGCCUGCUCAAUGGACGCAGCGCGGCGGAGCAGCCCCGCAGCCCAGCCGAGCUGCUCAGCCCUGCCUGCACCUCCACCCAGUGGCCAACAGCCCGAGUGACAAGCGGGCCAGAAGCAGCCACUCCAGCUGAUGUGGAGGAGAGGGGUCACCUGGGAGGUCCCAGCCCACCAGAGCCACAGUUCCAGCCAGAGAAGCCUGAGGAAUCAGAACCAAGCAGAGGCACAGACUCACUGACUGACCAGAAGCAGGCCGAUUCGGCAGACAAGAGACCAGCAGAGGGCACGGCUGGGAGUCCACUCAAGGGCCGACUGGUGACCUCAUGGCGGAUGCCCGGGGACCGGCCCACGCUGUUCAAUCCGUACCUGCUAUCUCUGGGGGUCCUCAGGUGGCAAAGGCCCGAUCUGCUCAACUUCAAGAAAGGAUGGAUGUCGAUCCUGGACGAGCCUGGAGAGCCCUCCCAACCCUUGCUCACCACCUCCUCUCCUUCACAGUGGAAGAAACACUGGUUUGUGCUGACGGAUUCAAGCCUCAAGUAUUACAGAGACUCCACUGCAGAGGAGGCAGACGAGCUGGACGGCGAGAUCGACCUGCGCUCCUGCACGGAUGUCACAGAGUACGCCGUGCAGCGAAACUAUGGCUUCCAGAUCCACACCAAGGACCACGUGUACACCUUGUCGGCCAUGACCUCGGGCAUCCGGCGGAACUGGAUCGAGGCUCUGCGGAAGACCGUGCGACCCACUUCAGCACCGGAUGUCACCAAGCUCUCGGACUACAACAAGGAGAACACGCUGCACAGCUGCGGGCCCCAGAAGGGCUCCCCGAAGGUGGGGGAGCAGCGGCCCGGCUCCGAGGUCCUCGGCCGGGGUAGUCCUCGCAGGGCGGAUGGACCGCGGCAGGCCCUGGACUAUGUGGAGCUCUCCCCGCUGACGCAGAGCUCCCCGCAGCGAGCCCGCACCCCAGCCCGCACCCCCGACCGCCCCCCGAAGCAGGAGGAGCUGGAGCGGGACCUGGCCCAGCGCUCCGAGGAGCGGCGCAAGUGGUUUGAGGCCACGGACGGCGGGGCCCCGGAGACGCCCACCGGGGAGGGGCCGCGUCGGGGACUGGGUGCCCCCCUGACCGAGGACCAGCAGAGCCGGCUCAGCGAGGAGAUUGAGAAGAAGUGGCAGGAGCUGGAGAAGCUGCCCCUGCGGGAGAACAAGCGGGUGCCGCUCACCGCCCUGCUCAACCAGAGCCACAGUGAGCGCCACACGCCCUCGAGGGACAGCCACGAGGCCCUGGAGAAGGAGGUGCAGUCUCUCCGUGCGCAGCUGGAAGCGUGGCGUCUCCGCGGGGAAGCCCCUCAGGGUGCACCCAGACCCCGGGAGGAUGGCCGCACCCCGCCAGGCUACAUCUCACAGGAGGCCUGCGAGCGCAGCCUGGCGGCCAUGGAGUCCUCCCACCAGCAAGUGAUGGAGCAGUUGCAGCGCCACCACGAGCGAGAGCUGCAGCGGCUACAGCGGGAGAAGGAAUGGCUGCUGGAGGAGGAGACGGCAGCCACGGCCUCGGCCAUUGAAGCAAUGAAGAAGGCCUACCAGGAAGAGCUGAGUCGGGAGCUGAGCAAAACCCGGAGUCUCCAACAGGGUCCAGAUGGCCUCCGGAAGCAGCAUCAGUCAGACGUGGAGGCGCUGAAGCGGGAGCUGCAGGUGCUGUCCGAACGCUACUCGCAGAAGUGCCUGGAGAUCGGCGCCCUGACGCGGCAGGCCGAGGAGCGGGAGCACACCCUGCAGCGCUGCCAGCAGGAGGGCCAGGAGCUGCUGCGCCACAACCAGGAGCUGCACACCCGCCUGUCGGAAGAGAUAGACCGGCUGCGGAGCUUCAUUGCCUCCCAGGGAUCGGGCCACGGCAGUGGGCGGAGCUCCUGUGAGCUGGAGGUGCUGCUGCGAGUGAAGGAGAAUGAGCUUCAGUACCUGAAGAAGGAGGUGCAGUGCCUCCGGGACGAGCUGCAGGUGAUGCAGAAGGACAAGCGCUUCACCUCGGGCAAGUACCAGGACGUGUACGUGGAGCUGAACCACAUCAAGACGCGGUCGGAGCGGGAGAUCGAGCAGCUAAAGGAGCACCUGCGCCUGGCCAUGGCCGCCCUGCAGGAGAAGGAAGCCAUGCGUAACAGCCUGGCCGAGUAGAGGUCCUUGGGGUCCAGCCCGGCUGCAGCCCCUCCAGCCCCAGGGGACCCGGGGCCAGCUCCCCUGAUGGGCGGAAGUCAGAAGCCAAGCUUUCUUCCCACCCUGUGGGAGGCACGUGCACUCACACCCACAUACCACACACACACACACACACACACCACGCAUACACGUGCGCACGCACACAUGCACACACACACUGCGUAUCUGAGCGUGCCCCUUGCACUGGGUCUCACCUUGCACCUUCAGGAUUUUUUAUGUGAAGAGAUUUUUAUAGAGAUUUUUUUUCUCUCUCUCUUUUUCUUUUUUCCCUAAAACUCUUUAUACUUUUAAAGAAAAGCAGUUCCCGGUGGCAUCUUCCUCCCUCCCAGCCUCCCCUCCCUCUCGGGCCCCCGGCUUGUCCUCCAUGGGGUCCCCGGAGGCCGCAGCAAUGGCUGCGAUGGGUGGAUGGGGGGGGGAGGCCCCGGGUGGGCCCAUACCCUCGGGUGGGGACAGAGUGGAGCCGGCAGCUGUCCCCACCCCCGCCCCCCGCCCCCCUGAGGGGUGCCGGCCAUGGAGCCGCCGGCAUCGCCGUGAAGACGCUUCUCCCGCCCCACCAGCUCUCUUAACUUAAUAAAACUUUCCAGCAGC